AUGUCCAGCUCGAACGCGAGUAACGUGGGUUCGUCGCGAGAUACGACGCCGGUCUCCUUGUCCAAUCUUGUUGCGACAUUGGUACCAGUUGCUGUUCUUGCUGGUGUCUACUUCGUCAUCUUCUUGUUCUUGCGCAGGAGCAACAGACGAUGGUAUGCGCCUCGUACUUACAUAGGAAGUUUGCGCGAGAGUGAGCGAAGUCCAAAUCUCGACUCCGGAUGGUUUUCAUGGUUAGGUCAAGUCUACAAGAUACCCGACUCUUAUGCGCUUCAGCACCAGUCAUUGGAUUCGUACUUGUUCUUGCGUUUCUUGAAAGUCCUCACUGUUAUCGCCUUCGUUGGUUGUUGUAUCACUUGGCCGGUUCUUUUCCCGGUAAACGCAACUGGGGGUGGCGGACAAACACAACUGGACAUUCUCUCGUACUCAAACAUUGGCAGCUCACAGAAGAACCGAUAUUAUGCUCACGUUUUCUGUGCAUGGCUAUUCUAUGGCUUUGUCAUGUACAUGAUUCUGAGAGAGUGUAUCUUCUACAUCAACGUCCGACAGGCAUUUCUUCUGUCGCCCUACUACGCCAACCGUAUCUCCUCUCGAACGGUCCUCUUUACUUCUGUUCCCGAUGCCUACUUGGACGAAGCCCGACUGCGGAAGGUCUUUGGGGAUGCAGUCAGGCGGAUUUGGAUUAGCGGAGAUACCAAGGAGCUCGAAGAUCUUGUUAAAGAGCGCGAGAAGGUCGCCAUGAAGCUUGAAAAGGCAGAGGUCAAGCUGCUCAAGUUGGCCAACGGUGCGCGCCUCAAGGCCAUCAAGAAGGGAGGUUCUGCAGAAAGACAUGAGGCCACUGCUGAUGCCGAGUCUGGUAGCUUAGCUGCCCGCUGGAUUCCUACUAAGAAGCGACCCUCUCACCGGCUUGGACCAUUGGGACUUGUUGGCAAGAAAGUGGAUACUAUCAACUGGUGCCGAACAGAACUGGAACGUCUAAUCCCUGAAGUUGAUAAGGCACAAACCUCGUUCCGCGAUGGUCACUACAAGAAAAUCGCGGGUGUGUUCAUCGAGUUUCACACUCAAUCUCAGGCAGAGGCCGCAAAUCAGGUACUGGCACACCACCAGGCUUUGCAAAUGUCGCCCAAGUUCAUCGGCAUAACCCCUGGCGAGGUCGUCUGGAAGUCUCUGAGAAUUUCUUGGUGGCAGAGAGUAGUACGCCGUUUCGCUGUCCUUGGCUUCAUCGCGGCACUUAUCAUCUUCUGGGCUAUUCCUGUUGGAGUCGUCGGUGUCAUCUCUAACGUCAGCUAUCUCGAGAACAACGUCUUUUUCCUCACCUGGCUUAAGCAGGUCCCUACCGUCAUCAUGGGUGUGAUCACAGGCCUGCUUCCGUCGGUAGCCCUGUCCAUUCUCAUGUCCCUCGUUCCUGUCAUUAUGAGACUGUGCGCCAAACUAUCUGGUGAACCAUCGCUAUCGCGAGUGGAACUGUUCACGCAGAACGCAUACUUCGCCUUCCAGGUGAUCCAGGUCUUCUUGAUCACGACGGUUACAUCUUCAGCUUCCGCUGUGGUGCCCCAAAUCGUGAACGAUCCCAAGAGCGUUACAUCACUGCUUGCUGAGAAUCUGCCAAAAGCCUCAAACUUCUACAUCAGCUACUUCCUUGUCCAAGGUCUUGCCAUCGGAAUGAACGUGUUAACCCAGGUUGUCGGCUUCUUCAUAUUCACGCUUCUUUACAAGUUUCUGACUGGUACCCCGCGUGCCAUGUAUAACAAGUGGGCAAAUCUGAGCGCCAUCUCCUGGGGAAGUGUUUUACCAGUUUAUACCAACAUUGCCGUAAUCAUGAUCACGUAUGCUGCAAUUGCGCCGUUAGUAUUAGGUUUUGCUACCAUUUCCCUUGGCCUUUUCUACUUGGCCUGGCGUUACAACGUCUUGUUCGUAACGGAUACCAAGAUUGAUACUCGCGGUCUGAUCUACCCGCGCGCAUUGAAACAGUUGUUCGUUGGUAUUUACAUUGCGGAGAUCUGCAUGGUCGGUCUCUUCGGUGCUUCCGUUGCCAUCGGCCCGCUCGUUCUGAUGAUCAUUUUCCUGAUCUUCACUGUCCUGUUCCAUAUGACUGUGAACAGUGCCGUGAACCCACUAUUGCACAACCUUCCCAAGUCACUUCAGGCCGAAGAGGACUCCCUCAGAAACAAGCUUAGUGACGGUCCAAUCAGCGACGGCAAGAAUGGUGCGACUGGCACGUCUGAGAAAGUGGCCCCUGUCACAACAGAGAAGAAACCUUCCGCGAUUGUCAAGUUCCUGAAGCCUUGGGCUCACGAGGACUUCGCAACCAUGAGGAACAUUGUCCCUAGUGAUGGAGCCGACUUUGACAAUCUGUACAGUGAGGAAGUUCAGCAUAACGCCUACUAUCCUCCCGCGGUCACAACCCCAACGCCACUGUUAUGGAUUCCGGAGGACCCUGCCGGUAUUUCGAAGCAAGAAGUGAGGGACACUGGUAGAGUCAUUCCAAUCACCGAUGAGGGAUGCAUUCUCAACGAUAAGAACAAGCUUGAGUGGGAUACUGAGGGCGUCCGUCCUCCAUUGUGGGAGGAGAAGAUCUACUACUAA